UGUAUCCGGGUCGGCCGCUGCAGUUGCCGCUGUGGCUCAGGGGCUGGGCCCGGGUCUCGCUGCCGUCCGAGAGGAGCGGGCUGCGCUCGGCGCUACCUUCUGCGACCUGGCCGUCAGCCCCACGUCGCCGGCCUGGCGGGGCGAAGGAGACGAGGAGGCCAAGGCUUCCUCCGGGGAUUUUGGCACUCUAGAUUAUCAGGAGUUUGUAGUUGACAUUGAGUCCAGACUGAGGAUGGAAGGUGUAGAACUUAAGGAAGAAUGGCAAGAUGAAGAUUUUCCAAUACCUUUACCAGAAGAUGAUAGUAUUGAAGCAGAUAUAUUAGCUGUAACUGGACCAGAAAGUCAGCCUGGCUCACUAGAAGUUAAUGGCAAUAAAGUGAGAAAGAAAUUAAUGGCUCCCGACAUUAGCCUAACUCUGGAUCCUAGUGAUGGCUCUGUGUUGUCAGACGAUUUGGAUGAAAGUGGGGAGAUUGACUUAGAUGACUUAGAUACGCCAUCGGAGGACAGUAAUGAAUUUGAGUGGGAAGAUGAUCUUCCAAAACCCAAGACUACUGAAAUUAUUAGGAAAGGCUCAAUUACUGAAUAUACAGCAGCAGAGGAGAAAGACGAUGGACGACGCUGGCGUAUGUUCAGAAUUGGAGAACAGGACCACAGGGUUGAUAUGAAAGCAAUUGAACCCUAUAAGAAAGUUAUCAGCCAUGGAGGGUAUUAUGGAGAUGGAUUAAAUGCCAUUGUUGUGUUUGCUGUCUGUUUUAUGCCUGAAAGUGGUCAACCUAACUAUAGAUACCUGAUGGACAAUCUCUUUAAGUAUGUUAUUGGCACUUUGGAGCUGUUAGUAGCGGAAAACUACAUGAUAGUAUAUUUAAAUGGUGCAACAACUCGAAGAAAAAUGCCCAGUCUGGGAUGGCUCAGGAAAUGCUAUCAACAAAUUGAUAGAAGGUUACGGAAAAACCUAAAAUCUCUAAUCAUUGUACAUCCCUCUUGGUUUAUAAGAACACUUCUGGCUGUUACAAGACCAUUUAUUAGCUCAAAAUUCAGCCAAAAAAUUAGAUACGUCUUUAAUUUGGCAGAACUAGCAGAGCUUGUCCCCAUGGAAUAUGUUGGAAUACCAGAAUGCAUAAAACAAGUUGAUCAAGAGCUUAAUGGAAAACAAGAUGAACCGAAAAAUGAACAGUAAGUUUGGCAUCUAGUCCAAACACAACUGAAGAAUGUGCUGAUGAAGCAGUGCUUUUUUGCAUUUAUAAUGCAUUUAUUGGUCCUGAUUUUUAUGUAACCUGUUACAAAAUUGACUUGACUUUUUCUUAAUGGACUUUUGUAUAAGGGACUGUUCACUGCUGUAUUGGUUUGCAGAUCUCUUGAAUUUAGUACUUUACUAGCUAAUUAUAUUGUAAUCAUUUUAUAUUUUAUAUUACUAAAUAGCAGAGAACCACACUUUAUAUAAAGCAGUUUUUGCAUUUGUUUGUUAAAUGAUGCAUUUUCUUCAGUAAAAUAUUUAUAUGCCUAAAUGGAAAAAGGAAAGAGAUAAUAUAUAUUUUUAUGUUUUUGAGCAAUAUUUUUUAAUGUAUACCUUUCUUGUGGACAAAUAUGCAGGUAAAUAAGACCAUGAUUUUUUAAAGUGCAUGUUAGAAGUUUUGUUUUUGUAAAUGGUUAAAUAUACUUCCUGGGUCACUUAGAAAAUAUGCUCAUAAGGUGAGGGACAGUUAAACUGGUUCUCAUGAAUACUCAAAGGUCGUGUAUAUAAUCUAAGUAGAUUAGUACUAUUCUGAACAUUUUUCUCAUUUAACAUUUAUUGUUUCUUAAUUCAGACACAAAUAGAAGUAUAUUGCACACUUUUUCUUUUAAAGACAAAUCAAAAAGCCAUUUCUAGAAUUAGAGACUUUAAAGAGGUUAAGAACUGGGGUUUGUGUAUAUAUGUGUAUAUUUUGGACAUUUUAUCUUCUGGCCAAAAGUCAAAACUUCAUUAAAAUGUUAGGUUUGUUCACUAAUGUGAAAUAAGCUGUGUGUCCAGGACAUCACUCUUAUGAAUUUGUGUGAGUGCAGUGUAACAUUUAGGGAAUGUGAUGAGUUACUCACUGUCACUUCUUCUCUUUAGAAAACAGGGCUGCUUUUUUUAACUGCUUUCAAUGUGGGCACUUUACCAAAAUACUUUCCUAUCGGGUGUUUGACCUAGUUAGAUGUGGUGUAUUUUCACAUUUUCUGUUAAAUUGUGUUGACAGUACUGUAAACUAAGUUAUUUUGUAAGUCUUAGAGCAUCGUCAUACUGUGGUGUUGUGGAUGACGCAUUUGGUGUAAGCAUAUAAACUCCUUGUUUAAUUUGGUAAGUACCUUGACUCUACAUUGAAAUUGUACUUAUGCCCCCAGGUAGAACUUAAUUACCCACAAAAUCAUCCAAAAGCAACAAAUUGGUCUAAUAUACUUGUGGGACUCAUAUAUUUGUUGAACUCAGUACUUUCCUAAUUUAAGGGUCAUACCAUGCUCCAGCCCUUCACAUAAGGUAAUUUAUGUGAAAAGAGUAAUGAAAUUGAGAUGAAAGCUCAAUGAAAAGUAAUGAAAAUUACUUUUGAGAAGUAAUGAAAUUGAGAGCUAAACCUUCAAGAUUUAUUCUAUCCUAGAUUGGCUUUUAUCAUUACUGUUUUCAGUAUAAACUUUUCUAUUACAGAAGAGAAUUUCCUUUACUCUUUGUCCUCCCCACUCAUAAACUUGACACACUAACGCAAGUCCUAUUUUGGGAGAGGCUAGAGGAUUCCCAGGAUGAGACUCUUUCCUCAGCAGCCUUCUGACUUGACUUGGAUCCAGCAACUGUAGGCAGAUCCUGAACUACUGUCAUUACAGUGACUAAAACCAAAACCACAUUGCUUGCUCAGAUCUUCGAAAUACUUUGUGUUGCCAAUGCAAACUAACAAUUUAGGCAUUCCUUCUGAAUUUAUUAUAUGAGAAUUAUGAAUAAAGGAUCAUACUGAAUUUAUUUUUGAUUAGAGUGUAUAUUUGUAGAGUGCUUUAAGUGAUUAUUUUUUCAUCUGAAAAGUAGUCUCAAACUGGGCUGAGCUUUUUAAUAUGUGACUUUCCUUCCCACUUAGUACCCAGUUCUUCAGUUUCAACACGUUACUGUUUAUUGACUUUUGCUUUCACAAGCAUUGUUCCUGACUAUAGAUACAACUUGUUGCAAAAGUGGUGCAUAUUCCUACUUUUUUCUUUUUUUUGAAGUAGAGGUAGCCUAUAUUUUAUUAGAACAUUAAAAUUCAGAGGGAAUGUGAUACAAGCAAAGGGGUGUGCUAUCAAUCAUUAGAUUUAAAAGAAUGCCUGUUCUAACCUAUACCUUAAUAGAAUCUGGUCCAGGGACGUGCCCCAUAAUGUUUCAUAAUAUGAGACUGAAGAUCAUAACAAGUAGGCUAGAGGAAAAGUAUUUAUUAAAUUUGUUAUUUAUAAAUAGUAAUGUGACUAUGUGACAUUAGUAGUUAUGUGACAUUUUCCCUGUAUCAUUCAAUUUUAAUUUUCCAUUACUGAUUAAGGUAAAUAGAUAUAAUUGUGUUGUUUUAUCUUUCUGCUGGGAUCAUGGAUUUAACUUGUUUAAUUUGAUGCUUCUGUCACUAUUUUUUGUUGUGUUUGAGUUCAGAGUGUCUUUUUUUUUGUCAAAAGUUUCUCAUAAAGUAAUUUGUGUUUCUUCUUGGACAUACUCCUUAUUAGCACCAAGGGUAGUCAAUAUAUUGAUCCCACAAUUUAAGCUUACUAGUCUUUUUAACUGGGGGUGGGGGAAUAUGUAAAGAAAUAUGAUUCUAAGUAGGGCCUAGGGAUAAAGUUAGUUGUUAUCUAAGAUUCCACUGACUGUGUCCUUGUUAAGGGAAGUACUAUAUAUGGCAGCUCUUGGUACCAUUUUUUGUAUCAAGCAGGAAUUUACAGAAUAUUGCAGGCUGCAUACAGAAUACAUGAAUAAGGAGUCUAUGGAGUGAAGGGUGUGAAGGCUGGUAAUACCUCCAAUGAGAAAGCAUAUUUCCUUCUGCUUUCUUUGUCUUUUCAUACAGAAGCAAGUUUAAAUAGGGAAUGUUGGCAAUUACAAUGCUCAGAUUAAAAUGUAGGGUUAUGGGAGAGGUUACUUUUGACAUUUCAUGGCUGGUAAACAUUUAAUGUAUUGUUCCAAAAUGGACAUCAUUAUUAGGUAACUAUACUGAAUAUUGAAAUUUGUUGAUUGAUAGCUUUAUAUAGGUAUCUAGACUGUCUUUCAGCUGCAAUUACAGAACUUAAAAAGGUAAGGAAUCCACUUUUUUAAUAGAGCCUUCUUAUAAAUGACUGUUGGCUGUUGUCAUGUGAGUGCUCAGGGAAUUUGAAAGUGUUUGAAUUAAUACAGAAGCGGCUUUUUAGAUCUUCAGUUGACAGAUAAAUUAGCAUUAGGAUUAUCAAGUAGAACAGUCCAGUUUCCUAAUGAGAUUGGAAAGGUUGUAUAUAAGGUGACCGUAGUUUCAUCCUUUGCCCCAUGUUAUAUGUGGAGAAUUGCUAACAUUGCUCAAUCAGGAGGAGGAGGAGAUAGACUGAAAAUAGAUAGAUAAUGGCUACCCCAUUCUGUUUUUUCAUGCCUUAUGUUUUUUCUUAUCCCAUAUAGAUAUUUGAGAAAUGGAUCACAGAUCUCAGAAGGGUGGGAUAUCUAGAAGAACUAAUGCACUUAAAAGUUAGACCAAGUACUGUGUUGGGAAUAGGGAUUGUGGAAUUUGAGUUGCUGGCAGAAAGUUAAGGACUUAGACUUGCAUGCUUGCAUGAGAAGGUCAGCUGGGUAAGAGAAGUGGGAGAUUAUUGGUGUUGUGAUAGUAAAGAAGAAUUACGUGGGGAACCUUUCACCCUUCUCUUCUUACCCCAAGAUUCUGAAUAAAUUAGAAUCAGAAUGGUGAUGAGUCCUAGUAAUGUAACUUUCCUUUGAAGUUGUAAAUGGUAAUUGAAACUAAUGUGUUGACCGGCAAGGAGUGACACUAAAAUUUGAAGAGAACUGUUACUUUGCUGCAUGAUCUACCUAAUUUCUUAUGUUUUGAGAACUACUUUAAAAAUGCUAUGGAAAGUCUACAUAAAGCACUUAAUACAUCAUACCACAGAAGAAAAUCAAAGGUUUAGUGCUUUCAUGUUACUAAAGAAUUAUUAUCUCUUUCAGAUAGUUAGUUCUGCUUUAUAAGACAUUCUGCAAGAGGUUAAAACAUUUGCAUUUUGAAAUUUUGAUACAUUUUCACAUUCAUUUUAGCUAAGGAGGAACUUGGAAAGUAACGUUAAUUAGCUACUCCACUGCACUUUUUGUAUUUGAAUUUUCUAAAGUUAUGCCCCUUAAACAGUUUUAUUUACAUAAACUAGCUAGUAAAUAUUUGUGAUGUUCAGGGCACUGACUUGCACAGACCUUGGGGCUCAUGGAACACAAUUCAGAAUUCAUUAGACACUAAUGCACUUUGAUAUGUGUAUUUCAAGAAUUCAAACAUUUUUCUUACUACACGUUCACAGGCUGUCAUUUAGACACAGUUAACCUACUGUGAUCAUUUUACCACUAUUCACAUAAUGUGUAGCCUAGUGCUCUCCUUUUACAGUGAGAGAGAUUCACUUCUAAAAUCUGUGUGUGCAAGAUGUUGAUGUGGUUGGUCCCUGUAAGAAAUACUAGGGUUGGUCUUGAUUUAUUGAUACAAAGAUGUAAUAUUUUCUUUGACUUGUUAGGAAUACAAUAACUUGUGUCCUGAUUUGUUGCACAUCAUAUUUUUGCAACGUUAAUGAAUUUAAAUAAAUUAAUUGUAAAGUUU